CGUACGGUCGGCGGGGCACGUACGGCCCGGGCAGUUGGGCAGGGGGGCUGUGGAGACGACGAGGUCCGGGGUCGGUGGGGCCGACACCGGGAGCACAGGCCGGGGCUCUUUCCCUUGCUGCUCCUGGGUAGGACUGGCCUGGAUGUCACUUCUGCCUUCCUCUCCUCCAGACAGAUCAUGGACGGCUCCUUCAUCCAGCACAGCGUGAGGGUCCUCCAGGAGCUCAACAAGCAGCGGGAAAAGGGCCAGUACUGCGACGCCACCCUGGACGUGGGGGGCCUGGUGUUCAAGGCACACUGGAGUGUCCUUGCCUGCUGCAGCCACUUCUUCCAGAGCCUCUAUGGGGAUGGCUCAGGGGGCAGUGUUGUUCUCCCUGCUGGCUUCGCUGAGAUCUUUGGUCUCCUGUUGGACUUUUUCUAUACUGGUCACCUUGCUCUCACCUCAGGAAACCGGGAUCAGGUGCUCUUGGCAGCCAGGGAGUUGCGAGUGCCAGAGGCUGUGGAGCUGUGCCAGAGUUUCAAGCCCAAAACCUCAGUGGGGCAGACACCGAGUGGCCAGAGUGGGCUGGGGAAACCUGUGUCCCUGAGUGUGAACAGCCACCUCAAGGAGCCGGCAGGCUUGGAGGAAGAGGAAGUUUCAAAGACGCUGGGUCAGGUCCCUGGGGACCAGGAGAUCAGUGACAGUCACAGCCCCGACAGGCCUCAGCUUGGUUUCCCCGCCCAGAGUGAGAGCCCAUCCUUCCACCGUGGGAAACUCAAGCAGGCCUUGAAGCUCUGUCCCCCAGAGGACAAGGAGCCUGAGGAUUGCAAAGUGCCCCCAAGGCCCUUUGAGGCUGAAGGUGUCCAGCUGCAGGGCGGGAAUAAUGAGUGGGAAGUGGUGGUUCAAGUUGAGGACGACGGGGAUGGUGAUUACGUUUCAGAGACUGAGACGUUGCCAACCAGGAGGAAAUCAGACAUGAUCAGAAAGCCGUGUGCUGCUGAGCCAGCCCUGAGUGCAGGUGCCCUGGCAGCCGAGCCCGCUGAGAACAGAAAAGGUACAGCGGUGCCAGUUGAAUGCCCCACAUGUCAUAAAAAGUUUCUCAGCAAAUAUUACCUAAAAGUGCACAACAGGAAACACACUGGGGAGAAACCCUUUGAGUGUCCCAAAUGUGGCAAGUGUUACUUUCGGAAAGAGAACCUCCUGGAGCAUGAGGCCCGGAAUUGCAUGAACCGCUCGGAACAGGUCUUCACGUGCUCCGUGUGCCAGGAGACCUUCCGCCGGAGGAUGGAGCUGCGGGUCCACAUGGUGUCCCACACGGGGGAGAUGCCCUACAAGUGCUCCUCGUGCUCCCAGCAGUUCAUGCAGAAGAAGGACCUGCAGAGCCACCUGAUCAAACUACACGGAGCACCCAAGCCCCACGCUUGUCCCACCUGUGCCAAGUGCUUCCUGUCACGGACGGAACUGCAGCUGCACGAGGCUUUCAAGCACCGUGGGGAGAAGCUGUUCGUGUGUGAGGAGUGUGGGCACAGGGCCUCUAGCCGGAACGGCCUGCAGAUGCACAUCAAGGCCAAGCACAGGAACGAGCGGCCAUAUGUCUGUGAGUUCUGCAGCCAUGCCUUCACCCAGAAGGCCAAUCUUAACAUGCACCUGCGCACGCACACAGGCGAGAAGCCCUUCCAGUGCCACCUCUGUGGCAAGACCUUCCGCACCCAAGCCAGCCUGGACAAGCACAACCGCACCCACACCGGUGAGAGGCCCUUCAGCUGUGAGUUCUGUGAACAGCGCUUCACGGAGAAGGGGCCCCUGCUGAGGCACGUGGCCAGCCGCCACCAGGAGGGCCGGCCCCAUUUCUGCCAAAUCUGCGGGAAGACCUUCAAAGCUGUGGAGCAGCUGCGUGUGCAUGUCAGAAGGCACAAGGGGGUCAGGAAGUUCGAGUGCACAGAGUGUGGCUACAAGUUCACCCGGCAGGCCCACCUCCGGAGGCACAUGGAGAUCCACGACCGAGUGGAGAACUACAAUCCACGGCAGCGCAAGCUCCGGAACCUGGUCAUUGAGGAUGAGAAGAUGGUGGUGGUAGCGCUGCAGCCACCUGCUGAGCUGGAGGUGGGCUCUGCUGAGGUCAUUGUGGCAUCUCUGGCUCAGGGCAGCCUGGCCUCCCAGCUCCCUGGCCAGAGACUCUGUGCGGAAGAGAGCUUGGGGAGCCCGGGCGUCAUGGAGCCCUCACUCAUCAUCACAGCAGCCAUCCCCGAGGACUGUGACACGUAGCCACCCUGCCACCACAGCCCCCUUGGCCCCGACCCCCAAUAAACUACGUGGCUUUGGACUCUG